UGACCAUUCUUCCGGUUUCAGAAACGGUCCUAUUCCUGUUGUAAACACAUCGCUUUGGGAGGUGGUGGUGUUCCUGACAGUUAUAAAUAAUUAAAAACAACUCAUUUUUCAUUUCAAUAUUUUUGCAUAUAGUUUAUCGCUAAGAAUGAAGAAGUUUUUCGAGGACAUCAAGAAGGAUAUAAAGUUCAAGUCAGCAGGGCCAGGAAAGAAACUUACAGAAGAGACAAGCUCUAAACCUGAAGCCUCGCAGGCUGCUCAUGGGGCGCCCAGAAAAGCGCCCACAAAAGCGCCCACCAAGGAUGCACAGAUGGCAGGGGCCGCCGCCCUCGCCAGGAUCGAGCAGCAGCACCGGCCAAAAUUGCAAACAUCACAGGAUGCCAUAAGGAAUCAGGUGAAGCGAGAACUUGAAGCAGAGGCAGCUGCCAUAGCGGCCACUCAGAAGAACACAGAUAUCGAGGGCUCCGGGGUUCCACAGAAGGAUCCGUCUUGUUUCUCAGUGUCAGGAGUGUUCUUCAUCUGUCCUCUGACUGGAAAAACCUUAACAAAGACUGAAAGAGAGAUGCACAUCAAGGAAGCUAUUCUUAUGAGGUUCUCAGAGGAUGCGUUGGAGGCCUCCAUUAUGAUGAUUCACACCUUUAAUAAAGACAAAGAGAAAGUAAAGGCCGCCAUUGACAUCAUUAGCAAGUACAUCGAAAACAUCUGUAAGAAUCCGACUGAGGAAAAGUAUCGGAAGAUCAAGCUUAGCAACAGAGUGUUUCAGGAGAAGGUCAGUGUGAUUGAAGGAUCUCGUGAGUAUCUUCAGGCUGUGGGAUUUGAAAGCACCGCGCUGCCAGUAGAUGGCGAAGAUAGGACUGAGGAGUACCUGGUGUUACCGCCGCAGGAAUCGGACGCUCUGGAGCAGAUAAAGGUUCAUUUGGAGCGGCUGCAGAAAGGCGAGCCAGUCAGAGCGAAGCUGGACCGUCAGCCGCAGGUCUUCAGACCAUCGCAGCAUGCUACACACUUCGAGUUGCCCCCAGACUUCUACAAUCUGACUGCGGAGGAGCUGAAGAAAGAAAUGCAACUGAAGAAUGAAAUUGUAGAGAGAAACGCAAUGCUGCGAACGAAAGCCAUGCGUGAAAAAGAUGAGCAGAGAGAGAGAAGAAAGUAUAACUAUGCCCUUCUGAGAGUGCGGUUACCAGAUGGAAGUAUACUUCAGGGAACUUUCCUGGCAUGGGAGAAGGUGGCAGCGUUGUACCAGUUUGUGCGUGAUUCACUGGAGAAUGGCUGGCAGCCCUUUGAGCUGGUGGCACCUGGAGGACUAAAACUGAAAGACGACGAGUCGGUUCUGAAUGAGUGCAACCUGGCCCCAGCAGCUCUGCUGACCUUCACGUGGGACGCGGCAGUGUUGGCAGACAUUGCUGCCGCAGGAGGAAAGACUGCUGCUCUGCUUAAAGCAGCAUUAUUAGAGAACAUCAAGACCAUGAGCUGAACAUUUAGUCUUGCUUUCUCCCCGGUCACUGCUGUCCCGCCUGCGUUCUCUUGCCGCUCCUAGUGACUUUCUCUCCCAUCGUCCACAACCCCACACGGUUUCAUAGGAUGGGCCCAAUACAUUGGUUGUGUCCACAACAUGUGCUAGAUGGAUUUAUAUGGUGCUAACCACAGGAGUUGUUUCCUGUCAGUGAUGUAUUAUGGAAAGUGUAAGCACCUUAAGGGCCUCAAUAAUCUGUCCUAUUAUAAUGCAUUGUUGCUUGAAGUAACAUGACCUGUCAUCACAUGAUAACGGAAGAAGCAGUUUAUGCACUGUGACGCUGUCAGACUGGAAAUGGUCUGUAAGUGGAUCUGUUGUAAUUUAAAGCACUUUUUAGCUAUUGCUUAGAGAGAAAUGUUGAUUAAUGUACCAUAAAAUCUCAUUGUGACAACAGUUUGAAAUUGAUCUAACAUGAGCAUUACCAAGUUAA